AUGGCGUCCGCAGUAACAGACUUGGAAGCUGGCCUGCAGGCCAUGCUCAACUUGAAGCCCCCUGGUGUAUCUGGUUCUCGUAUUACUAGCCUCACGUCCCUCUGCGUGGCCAACAUUCAGUCCGAAUCCGUCCUCAUCCAGAAAAUUUACACACACUUCAAGAAAACUCCCGGAACACACAAACUGGGGGUCCUCUACGUAGUAGACUCUGUAACCCGCAAGUGGCUUGAGCAAGCAAAGGCUCAAGGCCAGCCAAUAAACAGCUCCGCCCAGGAUGGCACAUAUGCCGCUGGAGUUCACCGAGUGACGGAACUGAUGCCCGUGUUGAUGAAUGACAUUCUUCAGUCCGCCCCAGAAGACCAAAAGGAAAAGAUCAAAAAACUGCUUGACAUCUGGGAGAAGGGACAGACCUUUCCCACAGCCAUGAUAGAAUCAUUCAAGGAGAAGGUCAACGCUCCUUCACCACCUAGUACCCCUCCUGCCGGAUUAGCAGCAUCUGUCCAAAAUCAGGCACCGCCUAACGGUUCGUCUAUCCUGGAGGCAUUGGCUAACAUGGCUCGACAAAACACCACGGCCGCACCAAGCGGCCAAUCUAUCCCGGCUCCCGCCGCGUCGUAUAGCAUGCCUCCUGCUGCCACUAAUGCUCCCCCAGCCUCUGUUACUCCCCCCGGGCUAUCGCAGGCCCUUGCUUCAUCGAUCCCACAGCCUCAUCAAUCGUAUCCCCCGACUGCACAACCCGUAAAUGUGUCGUCUCUACCUUUCUCGUUGACGCAAAUGCUUGGUCAGAAUGCACCUCCAGCUACGAGUAACCCACCCAACCCAUAUGCAGCGGCUGCAGCGCCUCCCGCUCCUGGAGCCGGCGGCGCCGGUCUAGAUCCGAACGUACAGCAGCAGAUAAUGCUGAUCAAGGCCCUCGCCGACCAAGGCGUUCCCUUUGAUAAGAUUCCUGCUCUGAUCCAGAGCAUGACUGCUGCCACUGCCGGGGCUGGAGGAUUUCCUGGAGCACAGCCUCCCGCCCCUAUCCCUGCCGCCCAAGGCACCUUUCCACCAGCUCAACAGCCAUGGGGAGCAGCCGGUUCAGGCCCAGCACCAGAUCAGAGCUACCAGGACAGCGUAAGAUCUCCUAGAUAUCACGGCCGUUCACGUUCUAGAUCACCUGAGCGCGGCUGGGGUCCUCGCGGCUCCCCGCGCGGUGGACGUGACUAUGGACGUAACUCACCUCCCAAUAGAGGAGGACGUAUGGAUGAUCGAGAGCGGAAUGGCCGAGCAGGCAACGAUUACCGCCAGCGUAGCCCUCGCCGCCACGGGCGAAGCCCCUCUCCCCCCAAUGAUUUCCAGCAGGAAAAAUGGGUUGAAUUCGACCCGUCACUCCCAGCUGGCCACAUCAAAGUUCUAAGCCGUACCCUGUUUGUAGGCGGCGUUACAUGUUCCGAAGCCGAACUGCGUGGCAUUUUCAGCCGCUACGGCACUGUCCAGACUUGCAUUGUCAACAAGGACAAGCGCCAUGCAUUUGUGAAGAUGCUGACGCGCCAGGAUGCCGUCCGCGCAAAGGAUGGCAUGGAGGAUGCCAGAGGUCUUGAAUAUCCCCUUCGAACUCGAUGGGGCGUUGGCUUCGGUCCAAGAGACUGCAGCGACUACUCGACGGGAGUUAGUGUUAUUCCCAUCCACAAGCUUACCGACGCCGACCGAAAGUGGAUGCUUACCGCUCCCUACGGCGGAAGCGGCGGUCGGCCCAUUGAAACAGGCCUUUGCGUCGAAGAGCCGGAUAUUGAAAUCGGCGCUGGUGUUUCGUCAAAGGCCAUCAGCCGUCGUAUGCAGACGGACAAGGGCGGCAGCAACGGCCCCAAGUCCACGCGCCACCGCGAGGAUGAUGGAUCUCGCUGGCGACAUGGUCGUGAUGACGGCCACGGCCAAAUGGAACACGACAACGGACAACAGAAUAACAUGGCCGACUUCCCCUUUGGAAUCAGCACUCUGCCAAAUGGCAUGCCCAACUUUCCAUCGGGCUUUCGAUUUCCGGAUCCCAACACUGCUGGAAGGACCUGA